AAGGAGUAAUCAGACUCCACUGACCUGUUUAACCUUGACUGAGAAGGAUGAAAAGCAGCAGCCACUUUCUGUGGCUUCUUUCCUUUUGGAUUAUAUCGGCAUAAAAACAUCAAGACAUUGAACUGAUAAUGUUGUGAGUUUAUACAUGCCAGGCUGUGGUCCAUCACUUUUUGAAGCAGUCCCUGCAAUUUUAAAUUCUGUUCUACAUUACCAGCUUUGGUAAUGCACUGCUAACAUGGCUGAACAAAGGCAACGUGCUUUGUCAACAUCAGGGGAAGCAUUAUAUGAAAUCCUGGCUCUGGAGAAAGGAGCAACACGUGAUGAGAUUAAGAAGUCCUACAGAAAACUGGCUCUGAAAUACCAUCCCGACAAGAAUCCAGACAAUCCAGAGGCUGCGGAAAAAUUUAAAGAGAUCAACAAUGCUCAUGCAACUCUGACUGAUCUGUCCAAGCGAAACAUAUAUGACAAGUAUGGAUCAUUAGGGCUUUAUGUGGCAGAACAGUUUGGUGAGGAAAAUGUUAACACAUACUUCAUGCUCUCAAGCUGGUGGGCAAAGGGCCUGUUUGUAGUCUGUGGCCUGCUGACGGGCUGCUACCUCUGCUGCUGCCUCUGCUGCUGCUUCAACUGCUGCUGUGGAAAGUGUAAACCCAAAGCACCUGAAAGGGAAGAGCAGGAGGUUUGUGUGUCUCCAGAAGAUUUAGAAGAGCAAAUAAAGAACGACAUGGAAAGAGAUGGAGAAACUCCUAUCAUGCUUCAGCCGACUAACGCAACUGAGAAGACACAGCUAAUAGGGGACAGCCGGCGCAGCUAUUGCACAGACUCCUAGAGUUGGCAAACAUGACCUGUUGGUGCUUCCCACUGAGUGUCACAGUGAGAAAAAAAAAUAGAAGCUCUGCACCCUGUAUUUGUAGUUGUGUUUAAGCUAAUCACGAGUAACCUAAGAGUAAUUGCCUGUCAAGGCAGAACCUCCUCCCUCUAGGUCACUUCCAGUAGGUUGAUCUCUGCACUCUGUGAGGAGAUACCUAUGGUCAGUACAGAACUCUACACACCAGCACACAGGUCUCUCACAGCUUCAAACUGCCAGGCUUGGCAUGGUCUUUCCCUCUAAUAAUACUCCCUUGGGUAUAGUUGCUCUCCUCCCUGCCUUCAGCCGUGGUUUUGCCUCCCAGACACAGUCUCAAGUCCUUUUCUGGACACACCGGCUCCAUCUCUGCCUGCCCCAGGAACAGUCCUCACAUGCAGCGUUUUGCUGGAUCUGAAACGUUCCUGUGAGGGACCUCUGGAAACGCUCUUUAGCAGACCUCAGAAGGAAAGUUGGUGGCAAGAUGGAUGGGGCUGUCCUCCCCAGAGAGGAAACACUCUGGAAAGCAGCUAGCAGCUUGUUGGGGCCCAGCCCUGGCAAUUAUAAACAUGAGCCAGGGCAAAGUGCUGGAGGAUCAUUCUGCCGGUGGUUACAAUGCAGGUGACUCCAAAUCCAGGAGCCUCAUCCAGCACCAGAGGCACAUGUAGCCUCUAUGUCUUCCCCUGCACAAGUUACAAACCCAGGAGAUGGUGGGCAAACACCCCACCAAGGGGGGGCUGCCCCUGGGCUGCCCCACAGCUUCUCUCCUCUCCCCAUACCUUGUGAUAGACCCUUGGCAAAGCUCCCCCGAUGCUGCCUGGACGUGCCUGCUGCCCAUGCCGGGCGGCCCCAGCUUCUCCAGCUGCAGCUGCAAUGUGCUGAAAAUUGGUCCCCAGCCAACAGCUUUCUGCCAGCUUCUUAUUCCACCAUGCCCCUGGCUGCCAGCCCCACUGCCCCGCUGGCACUGGGCUGAAAGCCAUCACACCAGUGCUGGCACUGGGGCUGUGGGAGCAGCAAGGACUUGGCAAGGCAGGCAAGCAGCAGAGGAGUGACCGUCCUCACAGUCCAGCUCAUUGGGUUGAGCCUAGGUCCUCACCUCUGCUACAGGCACAGGGCUUUAAGAGCACAUGGUGUGAUUUUAAAUAAGGAGGUAGGGAUGAGCUGUAUGUUUAGGUGUACUGCUACACAAAUCAGUGGAGACGUGUGUGUAUGGCUAAAGCAAGCAUGAAAAAACUAGGACCCUAAUUUGUAAGAACUAAAGAAAUACCUCUUAGAUUUUAAACUUAGUACAUCACUGGUUUGACAUAGUUGUUUAAGCCUUAGACAGCUGAGUUUCUCCUUAUUGAUCAUGUUACAUCAAUCACUGUAAAUUCUGUGCAUUUGCUAUUCUUGCUUCUCUAAUCACAGUGCUGUGGUCCAGAGGGGGACAUAAUGUUCCACUAAAUUAUAUGGACCAGUGAACAUACAGCUAGUCAAAAGUGUUAUUCCCUUCCUUAAAAUUGGAUCUUGUGGUUGUGAAACACUAUCUUCCUUCUAUUCUCACCUUUCAGAUCAAAUGUCAUUCAGUGGCGGCUAAAUAUAUGGGAAAAGAAUGCGUUUCAUAGCACCAGUUAUAACUCCAAAGACAAGAAAUACUACUUUCAACAUCACUUUAAAGUUCCCAUAACACAUGGACAUUUUAAAAGCCAUUAAUUCCAGUUCAUGUUAUAUAUCUGUUCUCCAGGUGCAGGCACUGGGGCCAGCUAACGCUCCCAUUGCCCUCAGAAAUAUCCUUAUUUUUCUGCUUCAGAGAAGAGGGGAAGUCCUGGCACAGCUUGGGCUGUGCACAAGCACCCACUCCUCUCCUACCCAUGGGCUUCUCUUUGUCCUCGUUUGUGCGUUGCAAAUAAUUUCAAAGGCUACUCAUAUGUACAUAAAUCCAGACUGCCAUCCUGCCUGCCCAGAGGUGCCAGAGGGAUGUGCCCAUCCAUCCCGGUUGUCCCAGGGGAGAGGGGUUGGUGACACCAUCCUGCCACUGAGGAGAUGUAACCCCAGAAGGCACAUUCCCAGUUGUAGCCAAGUGCUGCACAUCUCCCUGCUGGCUGGCCAGAUCAGGCAGCAUGCGCUUUGGGGUGCUAGUGCUGUGAGACGGGCAGAGUGCAGCCCACUCAGUAUGUGCUGGGGGACACCCGCACCCACUCGCCCCAGCACACACACACACAUCUUUUGGCUUUCUUCACUAUUGCCCUUUGCACAGUGUUUGCUCUGGUGUAAGAUGUUACCAACAAACAAAGGAGUAGGGAGAGCACAUAACUCUGCAGGUGAGGUGAUUUCCUAAAUUUUACUGUCUGGGAGAGAAAUUCACUGUGAAAGUGUGCAAAUGCUAUGUCGUGACUAUUUCCAGCAGAGAGCUGGAAAAGGCAUUGAAAGAAAAGUCUAGUGUACAGCUGCACGUUAUACGUGGAACCCUUUCCCAUGUGAGUCACUGAGAAUUGCACCCCUGAAUUCAACAACGGCCACAGAGUAGGCCUAGAGCCAGGGAGGGAAAGGUAAAUCACAGAUUAACAAAAGCAGUUGGGGAAUUUUUUCACAUACCACACCUUCGAUAUCCCUCAGAACCCUACUCUAUGGGCCAGAGCCAACAUUUACUGAAAUGGAGGAAACGAUCUCCAUGGGCUUGAGAUGUACCCAAGUCAUGUGGUUCUCACUUGCUCUUUCUAAAUGAGAGAUUUUUCUUGAGAAAGGUUUAUGACUUGAUCUCACAGUGUGAUGCAAAGAUGGACAAGCUGCUGCGUGUUUGCAAAGCCCUUUUACAGACAUAAGGAUCUGUACAGAAGAGGCAAAAAAUACUCAGCCAAAAACCUCAGAACAAACCAGUGACCAAGCCUCUGAGUGGUUUCUCCAGGACGUGCAGCUUAAAAAUCUGGGUGUCUGAACCCAUGGUCUUACUCCAAAGAGGAAAUGUAGUUUUCAGAAUACAGGACAUUUGCCCCAAUCACUGCUGUCAGGAUCAGCUGUUCUGAGCUGGUGAAAGGACGAAUAAGGCUUUCAGGGCUUAGCUCUUCAAUGUGAUUUUAUUCAUUUGUUUGCUUUUCAGAAAAGUUCCUAAGGUGAACAUAGCUGUGUUUACAUGAUCUGCUUCUGUGUAAAGUUCAGUUGCACACCCAUUUCUCAAAAUUUUCUCAAAUCCCAAAGAUCCUCAAAUCUUUGUUCUGUUUUGCUGCAUUCAUUUAUACAU